AAUCUUUCAUGCUGCUUUCAUUUAGCAGGCUUCAGCUACUGAGACAGAAAUUGGGCCCAUGAAACUGACACAAGAUCCUAUUCAGGUAUUGCUGAUCUUUGCAAAAGAAGACAAACAGAGUGAUGGAUUCUGGUGGGCUUGUGAUAGAGCUGGAUAUAGGUGUAACAUUGCUCGGACACCAGAAUCAGCACUUGAAUGCUUUCUUGAUAAACAUCAUGAAAUAAUAGUCAUAGAUCAUAGAAAUUCCAGAUACUUUAAUGCAGAAGCCAUCUGUAGGGCAAUUCGUGUUACAAAGCCUGCAGAACAUACUGUAAUUCUCAGUGUUAUUCCACAAAUUCCUGCUGGCCAAGAAGAACCCUCUGUGCUUCCCCUUCUGCAUGCAGGUUUUAAUAGGCGAUUUUUGGAGAACACCAGUAUUGUUGCUUGUUACAAUGAACUGAUUCAGAUAGAACACAGUGAAGUACGAUCACAGUUCAAACUACGGGCUUGUAAUUCGGUAUUCACAGCACUAGAACACUGUCAUGAAGCCAUAGAAAUAACUAGCGAAGACCAUAUAAUUCAGUAUGUUAACCCAGCCUUUGAACGGAUGAUGGGCUACCAGAAGGGAGAACUAAUAGGAAAGGAGCUGACUGAGCUUCCAAAAAGUGACAAAAACCGUGCAGACCUGCUUGACACAAUCAACACAUGCAUCAAAAGAGGAAAAGAGUGGCAAGGAGUUUAUUAUGCACGAAGAAAAUCAGGAGAUAGUAUUCAGCAGCAUGUAAAAAUAACACCCGUCACUGGCCAAGGAGGGAAAAUCCGACAUUUUGUGUCAAUCAAGAAACUGUGCUGUACCAAUGAUAGCAACAGACAGAUAUACAGGACCCAUCAUGAUGAAAAGUGUGCAGGAGACCAGUUUCAGUCAGAAUCUCACUCCUUCAGAUGCAAGAACAGGAGGAAAGAAUCCAGUGAUGUCAAAUCAAUAACUUCUCGAAGCAGUGAUGCCUCAAGUUUACAGAAUCGUCAAUAUUCAUCAAUGGCAAGAAUCCACUCUAUGACAAUAGAAGCCCCAAUCACAAAGGUCAUUAAUAUUAUCAAUUCGGCUCAAGAAAACAGCCCUGUAACUGUAGCAGAGGCCUUGGAUAGGGUUUUGGAAAUCUUACGGACAACAGAACUUUAUUCCCCUCAACUAGGUACCAAAGAUGAAGAUCCUCACACUAGUGAUCUUGUCGGAGGGCUGAUGACUGAUGGCUUGAGAAGGUUGUCAGGAAAUGAAUAUGUAUUUUCUAAAAAUACAAACCAGAGCCAUGGUCACCUUUCAGUGCCAGUUACCAUCAAUGACAUCCCACCCUGCAUUGCACGCUUGCUGGAGAACGAGGAGAGCUGGGACUUCAACAUUUUUGAAUUGGAAGCUAUUACAAAUAAAAGGCCACUGGUUUACCUGGGUUUGAAAAUUUUUGCCCGCUUUGGUGUCUGUGAGUUUUUAAACUGUUCAGAAGCUAUACUACGAGCCUGGUUCCAAGUGAUUGAAGCCAACUACCACUCCUCAAAUUCCUACCACAACUCCACUCAUGCAGCUGAUGUCUUACAUGCUACGGCAUUCUUUCUGGGGAAGGACAGAGUUAAGGGAAGCCUUGAUCAUUUAGACGAAGUGGCUGCUUUAAUAGCUGCAACAGUCCAUGAUGUGGAUCACCCAGGACGGACCAACUCUUUUCUGUGCAAUGCAGGCAGUGAGCUAGCUGUUCUGUAUAAUGACACUGCCGUAUUGGAAAGCCAUCACACUGCUCUGGCUUUCCAGCUCACAGCAAAAGAGAACAAGUGCAACAUUUUUAAGAAUCUCAACAGAAAUCAUUAUCGAACUCUUCGCCAGGCAAUUAUUGACAUGGUUUUGGCAACAGAAAUGACCAAGCACUUUGAACACGUAAACAAAUUUGUGAACAGCAUCACUAAACCCAUGGCCUCUGAGGAAACCAAUAUGACUAAUGAGGGCAGUGACUGUGAAUGUACAACCAAUCUCAAGAACUUUCCAGAUAACCAGACACUGAUCAAACGCAUGAUGAUCAAAUGUGCAGAUGUUGCAAAUCCAUGUCGCCCUCUAGAAUUGUGCAUUGAAUGGGCAGGGAGAAUUUCAGAAGAAUAUUUUGCACAGACUGAUGAAGAGAAAAGACAGGGACUACCAGUGGUUAUGCCCGUAUUUGAUCGAAACACCUGUAGUAUUCCCAAGUCUCAGAUAUCCUUUAUUGAUUAUUUCAUAAUGGACAUGUUUGAUGCUUGGGAUGCAUUUGCACAUAUACCUGUCCUGAUGCAACACUUGGCAAAUAACUACAAACACUGGAAAACAUUAGAUGAGUCAAAGUGUAGGAACCUCAAGCUUCCUUCAGAGAACAAUAAUGGAAGCUGAAGGAAGGAAAUGGAACAUCAUAGCCUACCACUCACACUGUGAACCAUUUACUGGUAUGGACCCAAAAGGGGCAGACUUUCCUUUACAAAGAAGUAACUAAGAGGUCAACAAAGAGAUGAUUGUUGUUUCUCAACUUUAGAUAAGUUCUACAUUCUACAAAACUUUGUUUUUAUACUGGUGAUAAUCUAGAGACCAAUAAAUGCUUUAUAAAGCUAUCCUCUUUUCUGACACAAUAGAUUCUUUUAAAGGUAAUUUUAUAAAAUUGUUAUAAUUUGUCAGAUGAUAGAAUUGGUACAAUUUUAUUUGCAAAUGAAAAUUGGUUAUACAUAUGAACACUGUAUGAGGCUGUCAUGCUAAAGAAAACUAUAUUCUUUGGUUGGAAUAACUACCAACAAUAUUUGAUAAAACUUGUCAUUUUGCUUACAGCAAAUAUCGUUUCCAUAAAGCAAGAGCCUUUAAAAGAGCAGAGCUAGAAACUUGGGGAAACCAACAAAUUCAGUUGUGCUUAAGUAAGAAGAAAUGACUGUAUUAAGAGCAAUCAUUUAUUUAAAUGUAGCUUCAGUUUUGUCAGAAAAUACUGUCAGCUGUUUUACGUCAGCCAUUAUAUGCCAUUAAAUAUUGUUCAGUUUCAGAGGGACCGUUGCAGAGAUCCAAACUGGUCCAUGAGAAUUUCCUCCAUAAGCUUCAGUGUCAUCGGAGGCAGCCAGUAUGUACAUACAGAGCAGACCAUUGCCAUUAACUGGGGGCACUGUUUUUUGUGCAUACAGAGAGUCUUGAGAUGUUUUAUUUGUUCAACCAACAUUUUUCUAAAAGUAAAUUGGAGAGCAAAUUCACACUUUCUUCUGCCUUCAAAUAGCUGAGUGAGCCAUAUUAUGAAGACAUCUGAAAUGAAGUACUGACAUCCAAUCCUAAAAUACCAGGCUUAAAUCCAGUAUGAUGUUCACCAAAGUGCCACAAUUGUGUACGCUCUGCAGUUCUUUCUGACAUUAAAAAGCUGUUCUGGAGUUUCCAAGGUCACCAGAGCAUGUUUUAAGGUUUUUAGAAAGUAGGGCAGCUACUGACACUUGCAUUCAUGGAGGCUGCUUCCAUAAUCACAGGAACUGUAUUCAGUAUUGGUCUUGGUUUGUCACAACAGCAGCACCCUGUUCCAUGUUCUUAUACAGUUUGGGUUGUCCACAUACAUGUUUAAAAUGGAAAUAGCUGCAGCAGGUCUGAGGAGCAAUCUUUAUUAGAUGCGUGUGAGCUGUAAGAAAAAGAAAUCCUGCUUUUAUAUUUAAAAAAUAUAUAAUACAGUGCGCCUGCAGUUUUGAGCUUCUGUGGAUGGCAAGCUCUGGCUUUUUCAAUGGGCACGGUCACACGCGGUGGUGCAAGUUGGAGCCCAUUGACAAGUACAGGACAUAAGGUCUUGCAUUUUUUUUCUAUCUGUGAGGGGGUCCGGAACAGAUCCCCAUGGACAGCAAGGGUACACUGUACAUACACACGUGAGCCAUAUUAAAAAAGGUCUCUGGAAUCCACAUCUGUGCAGAGGUCUCCUCUUCACUUUCUAGAUGGGAGAUAGAUGUUGAUGCACAGUGUUUCCCAAACAAGAGGAUAGGAACCCCCCUGUGCCUUGAUAACCUGGACUUUCACCAAUGUAAGUAGUCUUAAGACACUGACCGUAACUUUAAGAAACAAAACCAUGUAUAUCCUAAACCCGGAGUUCCGUAAAAAAAUAAAUAAAACCACACUGAUACUUUGUAUCAAUAUUUGUUCAAGAGCUAAAUAAAAGCAUAAUAAAUAAUGUAGCCCUAAUAAAAUUCAUUUUAAUUGUGAUAAAGAAAUUGAAUGUUGAACGUUCUCACUGGAAGGAUGGAAUUUUUGUUUCAGAUGCCAAAGCACAAAAGUCUUUAUAGUCAUUGUACUCAAACGCUGAGAUUGUCCUGUGAAAACUCCAUAGUAAAUGGAAGUUACAUAAUUGCCAUACACUGAAAUAGGGCUCUCACAGGAGUUAUUUCUCACAAAUAGUGCUACUUUUCCCUGGAAAGCACGAGACUAGCUUUGGACCAGUAGAUUUCUUAAAUAAAGUCACUAGUUUAGACAAUCAUCAAUUAUUAGUAGCUGUUCACAAAGACUUUCUAACCAUCUGACUGAUAUUUAGCACUGUACAUUAGAAAAGACUCUUCAAAGGAUGAAAUAUACAUAAUUUUACAUCAAGUAUUACACUGCCCAUUAAAAAGGACAAGACUUUUAAGUUUUGUAGUCCAGGUCGGUAAACCAGGUGAAGUAAACUUCUGAAAAAAUGACAAUGAUUGUAGCUUACAUAAUGUGCCAACAUUUUUUCAAUGUUUUGUAUCAAGUUAUGUAAAAUAAUGUAAAAUGCUCAUAAUUUCCAGUCACAGAAAUGUAUAUAAGCUAUAUUUUUGUUAAAUUCUAACACUGAACUUACAUUGCUAUGUAUUAUAAUGCUACAUUGUGCUGUCUCAAUAACUGUAUUCAUUGCAAUAUUCUUAAUUUCUGUUAUGUACUACUAUCAAGGCCUAUAUCUGAUUAAAUUUUAAUUUAAUUUUUAUUCA